AUGUCGUCCACCACAGGCCCUCCGUCUCCCCUAGGUACGGCAGCACAUCUCCCACCAGGCGGACUGAUCGCAAUCGCCUGGUCCAGCGUCGUCCUCGCAGGCGCUUUCGUCGUCGCUCGUACUUUGAUCCGUAUAGUCAAGGCCGAGCGCCUUGGGCGUGAUGACUAUUGGAUCUAUCUAGCUUAUCUCAUCCUUUGCAUCAAUGCUCUUCUUCAAACGGUUCAGACCCCUUAUAUCUACCACCUUGUACGGGUGAGAGCAGGAUUGGAGCCCACUGGCGAAGGAUUUUUGAAGGAUGGUAACUCAUACCUGCGCUAUGAGUUCACGAUCAUUGGCCUCUUCUGGUCAAUACUCUGGAGUGUGAAGGCGAGCUUCUUAGCUUUCUAUUGGAAAAUGUUUGAUGGGCUACCGAGGUACAGGAAGUGGUGGAUGAUGGUCGCGGGUUUUGCCUUCGCCUCGUACGUUGGGUGCUGGAUUGCGAGCGCAAUGACAUGUCACCCGGCCUCUCUCUACUUCACAUUCGGUCAAUGCUACAAGCCAAUUGAUGUCGAAGGCUCCACCAUCUCCAUAGCCUACAGCACCACGGUAGACGUUCUCACUGAUAUCAUGAUCAUUUCUCUUCCGCUGAACCUUUUGUACACCGUUAGGCUUGCACCGAAGCAGAAAUUAGGUCUCGCAGCCGUCUUUUCUAUCGGUAUCAUCAUCAUCUUGGUGGCUAUCGCCCGCGCGGUACAGAUCUCAAGAAAGGCUUUCGCGGACGGCGUCCUUUUGGCCCUUUGGGGAAUCAUUGAGUCCACAGUUUCUGUGAUAGUAGGAUGCCUUCCCCCAUUCAAGUCGCUCUUCAAGGGCCGUGGAUCCUCCCAGCGCUACAACUCCCCAGUCAACGGCAAGAACUUGUCACGAGACUUACGUCAUACUGCCAUACGACUUGGCAGUGCUGAUACUGGUAACGGUGCUAAGGCAGCACCGCAAGUCAUGUCAAAGCCGAUUGAUGGGGAACCCGAUGGUGGCUACGGUGAUGGAAUUUACGUACCACACGGAGCUAUUGGUGUGAGGAGUGAUUAUGAAGUGAGGGGCUAUGAGAAUCAGCCAUGA